GCCCAUUAGCCGCCGCGAGGCCCGCAGGUUGCCGAGGCCUCCGCAGUCCACACGACGUCACAACGCCAACCCAAAAGGCCAGAACCCUCCAGCUUCGCCGCCGGCCGCCGUGCCAGACGCCGCCGGCGAGAGAGAGAGAGAGGUAGAGAUGGGCGUGGGGGGCAGCUUCUGGGACCUGCUGCGGCCCUACGCGCGCCACGAGGGCGCGGGGUACCUCCGCGGCCGCCGCGUCGCCGUCGACCUCUCCUUCUGGAUCGUCUCCCACAGCACCGCCAUCCGCGCCCGGUCGCCGCGUGCGCGGAACCCCCACCUCCGCACCACCUUCUUCCGCACCCUCUCCCUCUUCGCCAAGAUGGGUGCUUUCCCUGUGUUCGUGGUGGAUGGGGAGCCGUCGCCGCUCAAGUCGCAGGCGAGGGCCGCGCGCUUCUUCCGAGGCUCCGGGGUGGAUCCGGCCGCACUGCCGAGCACGGAUGCGGAGGCGGAGUCCAGUGCUGCCGCGGCGCCAGUGAAAGGGAGGAACGCUGUGUUCACGCGAUACGUGGAGGAGUGCGUGGAACUGCUUGAAUAUCUUGGAAUGCCUGUAUUGCGGGCAAAUGGUGAAGCUGAAGCCCUUUGCGCUCAGUUGAAUAACGAAGGUCAUGUAGAUGCUUGCAUCACUGCAGACAGUGAUGCUUUCCUAUUUGGAGCUAAGACUGUCAUAAAGGUCCUCAGAUCAAAUUCUAAGGAACCUUUCGAGUGCUACAACAUAGCAGACAUUGAAUCUGGUCUUGGAUUGAAGAGGAAACAAAUGGUAGCCAUGGCGCUUCUUAUUGGUAGUGACCAUGAUUUGCAUGGGGUGCCUGGUUUUGGUCUUGAGACUGCACUUCGGUUUGUGCAGUUAUUCGACGAAGAUGACAUUUUAGAUAAGUUAUAUGAAAUUGGUAGAGGGUUUUAUCCAUUCCCAGAAGGAUUUGACAAGCUACAUAUUGAUGAUCUUCCAUCACCGUCCAUGAAAAGUACAAUUGUGAGAUCGCUGCACUGCUCACAUUGUGGUCACCCGGGUAGCAAGAAAAGUCAUAGCAAGGAUGGGUGUAAUUAUUGCUUGGUGGAAGCAUUAGAGAAUUGCAUGGAAAAACCAGCUGGAUUCAAAUGUGAAUGUCCUAGUUGUGACAAGGCACGGAAUCUAAAGGAACAGACAAGACAUGAAAAUUGGCAAAUCAAGGUCUGCAAAAGAAUAGCUGCUGAGACAAAUUUUCCAAAUGAGGAGAUCAUUAAAAUGUAUCUAUGUGAUAACAAUUUGGAUAAAGAAAAUGGUGAUCCCUUGCUUAGUUGGAAUAAGCCUGAUGUUGAAGCUUUGGUCGACUUCUUAACUUAUAAGCAGAACUGGGAGCCAUCUUAUGUGCGACAAAGGAUACUUCCUAUGUUAUCGACCAUAUAUUUAUAUGAGGUGGCGUCAUCUCCAUCUAGACCACUGCUUCUUUAUGAUCAAUAUGAAUUCGAUUCAAUUCAACGGAUUAAAAUAAGGCACGGUCACCCUUAUUACUUGGUGAAAUGGAAGAGAGCUACUCAUAGUAUGAUAUCUAAUAGCAAGAAGUCAAAAAUAGAUGGAGAGAUGAGUAGCGAGGUAGUGGUAUUGGAUGAGGAUGACGAGCAGGAGACUACAGUGAUUUGUGAAUCUCCUGAAGAUGAGCCAGAUGUUCCACAAGUGCGUACUGAUGAUGGCUCUCCUGAGUUGUUAGAUGAGCCAGAUGUUCCACAAGUGCUUAUUGAUGAUGGCUGCUCCUUUCUAUUGACUGAUGAAGACAUUCAACUUGUCAGCGCCGCAUUCCCUAAGGAAACAGAAAGGUUUCAGGAAGAGCAGAGGCUGAAAGAAGCAAAAUCAAGAGCACGAAAAUCCAAAUCGAGCUUAGCAAAUAGUGUAUUCGAAACACCUAAAAGUCCAAGACCUAGUGGAGUUCAGCUUAGCAUCAAAGAGUUCUACCGCUCAACGAAAGGGCCGAGCAUUGAAUCUGGGAAGAAGCCGGUUGCAGAAGGUGACACAGUGAAGGUUGGCUCAAGAAAAUUCUCAGAUAGGGACCUCAACAAGAGCCUGCCCAAGUCUGUUCGACGACGCCUCCCUUUCGAUUGACAGAACGUCUCCCUUUGGUCGUCCUCACAACCUUGUUGCCACUGUUGUACAUGAUCCAGCGAAUGUCUUAAUCUUUUGGCCCAUGUGUGUAGAUUAUGCGGCUUUUUUUGUACAGGGAACAAUAAUCAUCUUUAUCUGAGGAAAUGAAACAGAUUUGUUCAAAUUUAUUA